AGAAUCAUUUUGUACAAAGUACUGGACGAGAGUAGUGGUGUUAUCUUUAAUGAUUCUACCCACUUCUCGCUUUCAGCUCAGUUUGGAACUCAGUCUUUGAGAAAAUAUAAUUUUAAGUUUGCUUCUAGAACCUCUGAGUGACAAAGAAAAUAAUCUGACGGCGUUAAAACCCACAGCUGAUCCCGGUACACCCAAACCCGGGCAUGCACUGUAAUAAGCGUUGGGGAAAGAAAAAGUUAAAGAGAAUAGUGAAAAGGUAGACGGGAAAAGGUGCUUGCGGGCACGUAAGGAACGAUAAUAUUCCUUCACAUCGAACAGUUGUGAAGCCGAGAGUAUGUGAAAGGGUAAGCACGCCCAGAAGAUUCACAAUGUCUAACAGUAAAAGAGGCGUUGUCCACUGGGAAGCCAGGAAAGAGAGAUACGAUUGCAAAGAUUAUUCGAAGAGUAGAUUUGUUUCGAAACGGGUCGGACAUCGCUGGCACAGACGUGGAAGGGCAGAAUGUGGCAGAACAGGCAGGUAUUUUGGUCGUGGUCACCAACACCAGUCGACCGAACUCCAAGAGGUGAGACUGCGUCCAGUAAAUGUCCGUGGUAAUCGGGCACCAGGUAUGAGGGCACCUAGAAAUACCAAUCAGUUCCUGAUGCACGAAAAAUACCAACUGAUGCAUAUGAGAUCCGACUCGACUGGGAGUGACAGUGGUUCGGAGAUCGAGGUGGACAUGGACAUAGACUCGUACCUGGGUGUGUUAGAGAACGCUCGAGGCGCUCUGGACUGCACCAUGUCUCCCCUGUCUGAUGAUAACCUGUUACGCUUCAGAUUCUUUGAGCAAAUAGAUCACGAUCAGAGUUUGCAGUAUUUUCCGUCAGAGGACGACGUAGUGAAAAGCGAACGUUUUAUGCGACAGGACUUUGCUGCAUUCUGCAGUACAUUUAAUGUAGAGUAAUUACAAUGUAAUUACAGUUUUGAGACGAACUAUUCUCUCGGGUUAGGGAGAAUAUGGUGCGAAAACGUUUUGUAAAUGACAACCAUCUGGUUUGCCUGUAAGGGUAACCCCCGACUUGUCGUUUCUAUGAGCCACAGAUACUUUGCCAAUAAACAUGUUUCAUUUA